AUGGCGACCCCCAGGAUCAGCGCCCUCGACGUGCGGGCGAUGCUGCGGACGCCAGGGACGCGCCUGCUGGGCGAGGGCGGCAACGGCAGGGUCUUCCGCUCGUGGUUCCGCGGGCGUGAGUGCGCCCUCAAGGUCGGCUUGUACUCCGAGCAGGCGGACGACUUCGAGGAGGAGGUGGCCCUCAUGGAGGCCCUGCGCGGCGCCGGCGGGUCCCCCGUCCUCCUGGGCUUCUGCCCCGAGACGCCGGCCAUCCUCAUGACCCUGUGCGGGUCCUGCGACCUCUACUCCUACCUCUUCGAGAGGAAUCUGGAGCACGACCGGGGCCACCUGCUGGGCGUGGCCCUGCGCGUGACGGAGCGCCUGCAGGAGAUCCACCGCGCGGGCUUCGUCCACAACGACCUGAAGGCCGAGAACAUCAUGGUCUCCCUGGACGUCGCCGGGAGGCUCGAGGACGUGCACGUCAUCGACUUCGGGUACUCCUGCAUCGUGGGCGAGGCGCAGAGGCCCAGCGAGGGGGAGAGGCACUUCAUAUAG